GGAGCUCAGCCCAGGCUGGGGGUCGGCACUGUAGGAGGGUGUUCUCCGUUCGUUCUGACUUGCCACCUCAUUCUGCAAAGAACUUUCUGGAAGUCGGAGGGAGGAGGCUACUCAGAGGGAGGUGUUGCCCUCGGCGAGGACUCUGGAAUCCCCUGGACUCGACAGGGACUGGAGAGGCAUUCCCAGAAGCAUCAGCUCCUGGGAGGUUCAGAACUCUGGCUUGGACCCUGACCAAAGCGUGCCCCAACCGCUAAAUAGUCCGGGGCCCCAUUUCUCUAAGGCCUGCAUCCUUCCCUCGGGGUGCGCCCUGCCCCUCCCUGAGUCACCCCAGGGAGAGAGGGGGAAAAAAACGGAAGAGAAAAGAGGCAUUGACUACAGGGGAAGGAAAAGGAAACAGCAGAGGAGGGAGGAGAGAGGCCACACAGGAGUGGGUGACAGAGGAGACCGAGAGGGCAGAUCUAGGGCAGAUCUAGGGCAGGGGGAGAUAGAGAGAGGGCAGGCCAAGCAUCCCACGGGUGCCCCAAGAGCAGGGCUCAGGGGCGGGGAGCCCAGGGGGCGGGCCGGCCAUGUCCCACGGGACCUACUACGAGUGUGAGCCCCGGGCUGGCCAGCAGCCACUCGAGUUCUCAGGGGGCCGCGUGGGGCCCGGGGAGCUGGGGGAUAUGUGUGAGCAUGAGGCCUCCAUCGACCUCUCGGCCUACAUCGAGUCUGGGGAGGAGCAGCUCCUCUCCGACCUCUUCUCUGUGAAGCCAGCACCAGAGGCCCGAGGCCUCAAGGGCCCCGGAAACCCUGCCUUCCCCCACUACCUGCCGCCUGACCCACGGCCCUUCGCCUACCCUCCACAUACCUUCGGCCCCGACAGGAAAGCGUUGGGGCCUGGCAUCUACAGCAGCCCAGGGAGCUACGACCCCAGGGCCGUGGCCGUGAAGGAGGAGCCUCGGGGGCCCGAGGGCAGCCGAGGGGCCAGCCGAAGUGGCUACAAUCCUCUGCAGUACCAAGUGGCACACUGUGGGCAGACAGCCAUGCACUUGCCCCCAACCCUGGCAGCACCCAGCCAGCCCCUGCGCGUCCUCAAGGCCCCUUUGGCCGCUGCCGCACCGCCCUGCAGCCCCCUUCUCAAGGCGCCCUCCCCAGCUGGCUCCUCACACAAGGGCAAGAAGGCGGUGAACAAAGACAGCCUGGAGUACCGGCUGAGGCGGGAGCGCAACAACAUCGCCGUGCGCAAGAGUCGGGACAAGGCCAAGAGGCGCAUUCUGGAGACGCAGCAGAAGGUGCUGGAGUACAUGGCAGAGAACGAGCGCCUCCGCAGCCGAGUGGAGCAGCUGACCCAGGAGCUGGACACCCUUCGCAACCUCUUCCGCCAGAUCCCGGAGGCCGCCAACCUCAUCAAGGGUGUGGGCAGCUGCAGCUGAGCCCAGCCGGCAGACUGUGGGCACCAGCCCCCUGGCCCAGCCUGACCCUGGGGACCCCCACCCUGCUGGGGUCCCAGAGCCCCUCACAGGCAGAGCCUGAGACAUAGACCAUGGACAAAUGGCAGCGGGUGGCAAGGGAGGAGGGCAGGCCUCAGCAUUAUGAUUCUGUGGCUGAAUAAAAUUGCACUAUGACUCAGUG